AUGAAGCUGCUGGACGAGCGGAUCUGGACGCUGUUUAAGCGCCACUGGCCUCAAACUCUCACCUACUGGAGUGUGUUCUUUAGCUUCGGUCUGUGCAUCGCCUUCCUUGGACCCACCAUCCUGGACCUGAGGUGUCAGACCCAGUCCACCCUGCAGCAGAUCACCUGGGUGUUCUUCACCCAGCAGUUCUUCCUGAUGGUGGGCAGCAGCAUGGGAGGACUCUUCAAGAGGACACUCCUGUCCUCGCUGUCAGCCCUCCUCUCCUGCACUCUCAUCAUCUCGCUCGUGUUUGCCAUCAUACCUCUAUGUAACCACGUGAUGCUGUUAUCCAUCGCCAUGGCGCUGGCUGGCAAAGCUAUGGGGGUUAUUGACACCAUCGCCAACCUGCAGCUGGUGAAGCUGUACCAGAAGGACUCCGCCAUCUUCCUGCAGGGCUUGCAUUUCUUCAUAGGCCUGGGAGCACUGGUCAGUCCACUGGUGGCUGAUCCUUUCCUGGCAGAAGACAGCUGUGUCGUGGGUGCAAACUGGACCGCAAACUCAUCCUCCUCUCCGGACCUGCAGCACCUUCGCAGCAGCCUGGCCGGGCACGGAGCAGGGCUUCACAACAUCUCUCAGUAUCCUCUGCACACCGAGGGAGUAGUCAUCACCAGGGUGUCGUACGCCUUCUGGAUCAUGGCUCUCAUCAAUCUCCCUGUGCCAGCAGCAGUGCUCACAUUGAUGUACCACGAGAGACUGCUGCCUUGCUCCAGCAGCAGUCCACGUCUGCUCAGCAGAGACUCUCUGUCCAGUGGUCAAGGUCACGGGAGGUGGUUUGGUUGCUGUAACCCUGCCAAACUCCGGGGUCGCCCUGCUACUUUCUUCAUCCUCCACACUCUGGGAGGGGCCAUCCUCUUCAUCACUGAUGGGAUUAUAGGCUCCUACGCUGGCUUUGUCUACACCUACGCAGUGUCCCCUCCUCUGCUGAUGGGUCAUAAGACUGCAGGCUGUCUGGACAGUAUAUUCUGGGCCUCCAUCACAGUGGGAAGACUGGCUUUCAUCUACCUGUCCUACAGAUACACACCGCCCAGGCUGCUCACCUUCAGUCUGGUGGGUGUCAUAUUGGUGCAGUGCCUGUUGAUGAUCUUCUACACCAGCUGUGUGUUUCUCUUCAUCGGUACUUGUGUGUUGGGACUGUGCAUCAGCAGUGUAUUCCCCUCCAUGCUGGCCUAUACAGAGGACCUACUAGACUACAAAGGUUGUGCCACAACUGUCCUGGUGACCAGUGCCAGCACAGGAGAGAUGAUGCUGCAGGUGCUUGUUGGAUCUGUGAUCCACAGUCAGGGCAGUUAUGCCUUUCUGUUGUCUUCUACAAUAGCGUCAUUCAUGGGCUUCAGCCUUUUCCUGCUGUUCCUCUAUGUCCAGCACAUCCACAGAAACUGCCACACAGAUUCAUCUAAAGAAAACACAGCCACGGAGGACAAGCCAAAUACAGAAGGCACAUGAUCUGAGGGGGAGACCAGAGGACAAAUGAUCAAAUGCCUCUGCUGAGGACAGGACGGGAGCAUGUGCAGAACAAGCUGACAUACCCACAUUUGACCCUGGUGUUGGAAUAGGAGCUUUAUUCUGGCCUCCUCAAACUGAACAUUUUUGACCUAAAGACAAGCCUGAUGAUCAACAUGCAGCUUAAUGGACAACCACUACAUGACUUACACCUCUUGCAGCACAUUACAACUCAGCUGCAGUUUGAUUAAAAGAUACGUUAAUGAUAAA